AUGGACGACCCAGUACCAGACCCAAUCUACAGCACUGGAGAAGCGCAGCUUUCGGCGGAAUUAGAUCUUCACCGAGAAGCGUUUGAGCUCUAUUUGACAUCCAUCCGAGACAACCCUCCUCACCUAAAAAAGGAUAUGGAAAUGCAAUUUCGGACGACCUUGGACCAAUACAACGACGUGUUGGCAGAACAAAACGACAACGUACAAAUAAUCAGGAAUUAUAAGGUCGCCUUAGAAGAAUUUCCAGGUAACACUCAUUUCCUUUAUAGUGCUGGUGAAUAUUUUCUACGCCAGCAAGAGAUUCAUAUUGCCCAUCUUCAUUUUGAAAAGGCGGUUCAAAUCGACAAAAACCUAGUAAGAGCACAAAAAUACCUGAAUUUAACAAAGAGGUUGCUGUACUCCCGGGACGAAUACAGGAAAGAAGAAGAAAUUGAAAGUAAGGAAUCAGCAGAACAAUCGAUACAACAUUCAUUCGAAGACCCGAAACAAGACUUCUUUUUAAUCGAAAAAGGAACCAAGAUAGAAGAUAUUGAAGAUAUUGAAGUUGGCUCCUACAGAAGCAACCUGCUUGUGAUAACAAAUAGAUUUGACGCCGGCCUUUUAGGUAGUGAGCUAUUAUUUACCAUCCUAUCGGCUUGGAAUAGGGUUCUUACACCUUCAGCGCGGGUAAUUCCUGGCCGGGCUGAAUUUUAUGUUAUUGGCGUCCGCUGUGAGCAGAUUAAAAAAAAAUACCAAAUUUCUGCGGAUGCUAAAACACUCCUUGGUGUUCAAGACUUGUUUUUACACACAGAAACACAUAGCCGUGAUCCAUACUUUAAUGAAGACAUCUUCACAUACAAAGACUUAGAGUUCGUGACGCAAGAAGAGUUAGUCUUUGAAAUAAACUUUAAUUCGUUUGCCGAUGUUAACAAAAAAAUAGCCAAUAUUUUUUCAGACAAUGGAAAAUUGACGGUUACAAGUACCGGUGAAGUUAAUGCACUGGUAGGAUUUUUCAAACUUUUUAUAACCGAGGACAUCGUUAUGACAACCGAUCCUAGAUCAGAAGAGAGAUCAGAUGCGUGGAAACAAGCUGUGUUUCAUGAUUUUAUACCAACGCAAUACACAGAAGGUGAAUCUUUCAUUGCUCAGUUCUCAACAUUUGGCGGGAGACUAAGAUUUCUGCCAGAUUGUAGAAAACGAAUAACGAGAGUGUCAAAGCAAUUAACAACGUUCCUGAACGAUGACGUCUAUAUUAAUGAGAUUAUUAAAAGUGCACAAAUAGCAACAGUUCAUUUAACACAAAUGGUGGAGAUAGAAGAAGUCGACGUUGUAGAUUUGUGUCCGUUUCCUGUCUUCGGGAUGAUGAUGAUGAAGCGAGGAGCGCAAAAUCUCAUUUGUAUGGCCCGUGAUCGUCAAGAUAAAAAGUUUUUUAAAAAGGUUUUCCGUAGGCACAAUAUUUGCCUGUCCAGAGUGGAAAUAUUGAUUUACGAAACCUUGUCUCUUGAGCCGUUUGACGGCAAAAGAUUCCACGCAGUUUAUUGUGACGUAUUAGAUAUGAGUGGCAACAUCGACAGAUCACUUUAUAGCCUGGCUAAACUACUGAAGCAUGCGCGAUUACAAGAAGGGGGAUUAUUUAUGCCAAAUGUGUCUAUGAAGGUCCAACUCAUCAGCAGUGAAAUGUUGGAUAAACACAAUAAAUUAACCGAGAAAGCUAUGACUGCUAUGCCUCCAGGAUCGAGGACCAACACAUUCACAGAAUCGCAGAUAACCUACGUUGACCCGACGCGGUUGGAACACAAAAAUAUGUCUCGACCAGUACACUUAACUGACAGCUGUCACAGUAUGAUGCCCGGUGUAGUUUCAGUACACGUCGAGAGAGACGGGGCAUGCAAUGGUAUGCUAUGUUGGUAUGUGAUCAAAGUAAUGGAUGGUGCUGCAGAAAUAUCCACCAAACGAAAGUCCAGUUUCGUGCAUAGUUCUGUUUUCUAUAAGGAUCAACCACUGGAGGUUAACAGAGGUGACUAUGUCACUGCUGUCAUGUGCGUUGAAGAUGAUGGAGGUUUUAAGAUAGAACUAUUUUCAGAAGUGAUGUAA